UUGCGCUAUGUGGUCCAGGAAUAUUGUCUUGCGGUUCAUUUUCUUUAUCCUGCUAAUGGGCAAGAGAGUCAGUUCAAAGGAGCCUCAGUGUUCCUCCUUUCACUAUGAAGAGCAGUUAUUGUCAAAAAUGAUCCGUAUGGAAAUAGCGAUGGAACAACAACAACAACGAGUUAAUGACGCUUUGGAGAAAAUGUCAAAAACUAUUGACUUAUUUGAAAUGGGGGCAAUUAAAAAAGAAAGCCACAUGCUAGAUAGAAUCAAAGAUGCUCUGGAAAGUGUUAAUGCUACAAUGGUGAAUUUCUAUAAUAGGACACUCUUACUCGAGGACAACUUAAAGAACGCGGUCGAUGACUUCGCUCAGGAUUCUAAACUGCUGAGUUCAACAUUGACUCAAAAUGUAUCUGAAACAAUCGGAUAUUUGCACACGUUAGAAGAAAAAGCUGGAACACCAACAAUUGCAUUUGAAGCAAAGGGCUUAAAGGAUCUGAGUGUGCCACCCAAUACAAAUCUCGUAUUCACAGAGGCCGUGUUCAACCAUGGGAAUGGAUAUGACGUCAAAACGAGCGUGUUUACCUGCCCCCUCAAUGGCACGUACUUGUUUACGUCACAUCUCUGUAGUGCCUAUAACAAACACUUUGGCUACCGCUUAGUUGUGGACGACAUUGUUUAUUCUAGUGGGACCGUUGAUGAUAGCAAUAGUUACCAUUGUACGUCGUUUGAUGCUAUUGCGAUAUUGCAAUUAGCAAGCAGGGUGUGGGUUCAGACGAAUGGCAAUACCGGUAAUUUUUAUCAAAGCUCCAAUAUGGUAAACACAUUUUCUGGUGUUCUUCUUCAUCGUUAAACGUAUUUAUGGCGGUAUAAACUAUAAAAGAAAUUAAUUUAACGUAAAACCGUCAUAGCAUUAUGGAUAACUCCAUGCGGACCUGAUUGUGUUUGGUUAUUGUAUAUCUAUUUAAGAGGAUAUUCGUGUAUAGCAAACUGUGUAUGUUUUAUCAGAUUAUGCAAGAAAAUCGUAUUAUAAAUGUGUUAGUUACUAUUUGAACAUUACUCUGACAAUAUGAAAUGUGAUGAUUAAACGCAUUAAAACAUCUAGAUAUAUGUUUAUGCUUUAUAUGCACAAACUUCAAAUUAAGACGAUACAUGGAUAUACAGCUUGGAUUUGCAUUGAGCCAUACUAAGAUGUAAUGCUUAUUUGUGUCAGUAUUGAUAUAAAUUUGUCAUAAUUUGAAAGGGAUUGUGUACUGACUACUUGUGUAUGUAAUAACUUACAUCAAAAUAAAGACGACGUUAUCAUAGA